AUGGAACGGGUUGGUGGAAUAAGGAGGGCCGGAGUGUUCCAAGCUGGAUUUGUCAGAGUGUUCCUCGUUGGACUGGUCUUCGACGGGUUGGAAGAAGGUGGCCUUCAACUGGACUAUUCCUCCUCAUGGAUGGCUAUUUUCGACUGGAUGGUGGAAGAAGGAGGUCUUCGAUCGGAUGUGCGGGUUUCAACUGGAUGGCUAUCUGAGCAAGAGAGAGGAGGGGAUCUUAUACACCAAUGUGAUACACGACUGUGA